AUGGAAAUAGCGUUGGUCGGGAGGAGGGUGGCGAGUGAUGGCGGCGGAGGGGCUCGAAGUUACCAUAUGAAUGAUCAGAAUUGUCAGUAUGAUCCGCUCUAUGGCGGCUAUACGGCUCAAGGAUCACGGGUACUUUCUACGACGGGUUCCACCGAAAUCACCACUUUGACCCCGUUCGCUGCUCCACAACCCACCACGGACUACGCUGUCGGCUACGAUCUCUACAGAUACAGCACUUACUACCCGUCGUACACUGGGCAGACAACGUCUUCGGCGCCGUUCUAUCCCGAGUUGACUACAUUCUCUGUGCCACGUACUGGCGAGUUCACCUCCACUGGCAGCGACCAAAAGGAUCAAACCGCCGGUAUCAAAAUCGAAAAAGAAGACAGCUUGCUACAUGCCUCUUCAACAUUGGCCACCGAUGAAGUCGCGAUGGAGACCACAGAUCCGAAUAAUCCGCCCAGACGAAGCAAGUUGGAUCGUCGAAAGGCUGCGACAAUGCGUGAGAGACGGCGACUACGUAAAGUGAACGAGGCGUUUGAGAUCGUCAAGCAAAGGACGUGUCCAAAUCCAAAUCAACGGCUACCCAAGGUUUGA